CGCGCCUCCGUUGACCGCUCCGCUCUUGCUGCUUGUCGGCGUGUCGUCGUCCCCGAUGACGGCGGCGGCGCGUCAGUUCCUCUUCUCUCCCAUUGUUCGUUCCACCGCGUCCACAUCAUCUUUGUGAAGCCCCGUACGGUUCCGCGAUGGCUCGCCCACGGCGAUAUCAUUUCCGCCAGUGAAAAUCCCGCCGUCCUCGCGCGGCUGUGGCCGCUCUCGACGUGUUCGACGAAACGCCGCGAGAGGAUGCCGUAUCCUAUGCCGCCAUGGUCCGCCGCAACCGGGACCUGCCGUCCGACCCCUUUGGAUGCUCGGAGCCCGUUCAAAUUUACAUGCUUUACGCUGAAGCUACAGAUACGACCUUCAGCGCCUCUGUAAAAGCGGAACAAUGGCAAGACAUAAACAUUGAGUCUCCUACAGAUCUCUGUCUGUUCAUUAUAGUUGACCAUGAGAAACUGCAGUCCUGGAUGCAUCCUGGCAAAUUGAUGUACCUUUGUGGGCAUGAAAAAAAAAGGGCCUUGCAAGCUCGACAGCUAGGUGAAAAGAAGUGCACCACUGUGAACUUAUCUCCAGCCAUCAAAAGCUGUUCGUCAAAGUCAUCUUGGGAUUUGAUACUCUUCAUGUUGCCCUUCAUGUCCUUCUCCCACCACUUUGUGUGAUUACCCUAAUUCCACGACUAAAUAUCAGUGCCAUCUUUGUCGUGCUUCAGCACGUGUUAGAAUUAAUGUUUGAGUUGUGUUGUUAGAUCUCAGGCAAAUUUUACUGUAAGCUUAGAUAGAGAAGGCAUCUUAAUCCAACAGCUUUUUAGAAUUUUGUACUUUCCAUUAUUGCGUAAUAUGUCUGACUAAGCAGCUAAAUCUCUUCAAAAUAAAACCACCCAGUUAAUAAUAUGUUCCUAAAGUAAUGGACUGGUGUAACUUAAUUUCUAUUAACAUAGACAUUUCUUUCUGAAGCAAUACCAUUUUGAAUGAAUAUUUGCAUCCAAAAUUCCAUGUCUACACCAUGAGUGCACAUAUUUAUUUUCUGUAUUAAAUUAAGAGACAACAUGGUUUUCUAAAAUUUUUAGAUCCCCUGUCCUCCAGGAACUGCGUGAUACUCAGUACUUGACAUAGAUUGAUCUGAACCGGAUAAUCUAUAUUGACUUUAUUCUAGAUGGAUUACCUUUAUGGGAAUGUGUGUGUUUUUUUGUGAUCAAAUAUGUCCAAGCAUUUAAUAGUUUCCGAGUAGUAUGGAAAUCACCUUUUUGGGAUCUUUUGGUACAGCUCUAGUGAUUUGACAACCAGUUGAGUCAACCUUCUCUCUGGACAAGAAUUGCUUCCCCUUGAUCCCAUGGUAGUUCCAGUUCAAUAUCUUGAAGCAACCAUCAGAUCUGUUGCUCUUAUACCCACGAUGAGGUGAACGACCAACAACCCAAUGGUUCAUCAAAGCUGAAGCCAUCAGUGUCCUUGAACUGAAAACAGAACGGAAUAUGUAACAAGUCAGUACCUCCAUAACAAAUGCUACAGAAAAGGGCGCAUUUAAAAGCACAACAUGCCUCAAACUAACUGGACUAGCUCUACAAGAGAUGGAAAUUAUGUGAUGGUGAAAUGGGGAUGGCAUAGGCUGAGGUAUUUAUAGCUGAAGAAAAUUUUGUUUCAGAAGCCGAGUAUACCUCAUCCUGCCUACACAACCCCCUUUUUGAACUUUUCAGUUUAAUGUUUAUCACUCUCAAAAGUGGUUCUGUUGCUUGUGCAAUUUGAUAUAGGUACAGUCAGAAAUUUGUUUCUUGUGGUCAUUUUAGGUGCUUUGUUUCUUCAGUUACCUAAUUCCAAGCUUUAGCUUUGGUGCUUCUUACACUCUCUUCCGACUUUUAUCUUAGGCGGCACGGCUUGUGUUCUGGGAUGGAGGAAGCUGAUGUGUAUUUGGAUAAAAAGAUGACCUUUUGUUGUAUCUAUAUCUAAAUCUACUUUACUGGAAUGUAUGAUUGGAUUUCUUGCUGAAAUUGUGGAAGGUCGGUGUGUCUUAUACUGCA